AUGAUAACAGAUAUACAAGGUCGAUUGUUGAUUAACUUUUUAUCUUUUAUACACAGGUAACCUCUACAGGUAGACAUAGUCUUUUUAACAGUAGGUAGAGAAAAUGGAGUACCGGGAUUCUAGUGAACGAGCUGUCAAGUUCUUGGCUGAGAGACUAAACGAGAAGGGGCAACAACCGGAAGAGGAUAUGAGGAAGGAAGUAUCGUCUAUUUAUAAACUACCCAAUCAGUUAUUGUUAUCUGGUAGAGAAGCCUUGUGUAUGAAGGUUUUAGAUGAUAUUAAAAAAAGAUUUUUGGCCCCAGAUGGCGACUUCCUUUCAUUCCCAGAGAAAACCGGCUGGCAGAGAAAGACAUCGUUAUGGCUUCUGGCUUAUAACUGGCCAUACGUGAACGGCUGGUUGACGGUGACUGCUCAACGUGCUGCUAGAUAUGACAUAUCCAGACCGGCAUAUAAUUAUAUCUUAAAUUUUUAUAAUCCCGUCCGAAAUGGUUUCUUAUGGCGGGAAGCCUACGACAGCUCAAAGGGUGGAAAGGGUAUUGACCAAUCCAUAUGUGCGUUUAUGUGCGGUCACCUUGGUUACACCAGUUUGUUUAUGGGAGAUUUUGAUAGAGCAAGAGCAACUGCCGAAGUCUUAUGUCGCUUUGUAUCCAAGCAACCGAAUCUCGAUAAAGAGUUCCUAAUAAAGAUGGACGCCAGUACUGGCGAACUGAUGUCGAGUGGCUGGAAAGACGAGGACAAAACCUUUUUCACGAUUGAUAGAAAGGAGGCUGAUAAUCGCUACUACCAGCUCGGUUUCCCAGUCAUAUUCUUACAAAAGAUGUACUUAGCAACCGGUGAAAAGCAUUUCCUAAACGCCGCAUGCGCCAUCUUGGAUUUUGCAGACACGUGCCAUCCGAAUGUAUAUAAGUAUUACAAGACGCAUAAAGUUGGUUACGGUGCCGCUCUGGUUGCUAGGGCCACCGGAAAUGAAAAGUACCGAACGAUGGCCAAGAAGAUUGCUGAUAAUAUCCUGACAUUCCAGGAACCAAGCGGCCUGUUUUUACCCGACUGUCCAAUGCUAGAACGACUCGAUCAAUCAGCCGAAUAUUCGGGAUGGUUACGAGAAAUAUAUGUAGAAUUGGACGGUUUUGUUGCCAAAUAAUUCUUUAAAGUAACGGUGCUCCAUUGGCAUUUUUCGCUAAAUUAUCAAAUUUCUCACGGCGUAAUCCACGCUAAUAUGUACUCAGAUUGAUUAUUUAUUAUACAAAAUACCACAGCUAGAUAAUAUACCGGCUUGGAUUCAAUUAGGCCUAUCAUUAAAUGAUGGCGGGUUAUUGCAUAGCGAGCAGCAUAGAUUGACAUAUCUCUGUAACUACUGAACGGAAUUGAACCAUUAUUGAUUCACCUUUUACAAUAUUAUAGUUUGUAAGUGAUUCCUUUUGCUUAAAAUGGCGCAUCGGGACUUUAAAACGUCCAGAAUUAUAAGCCUGUAAAUAUAUAUUUUAUAAAACCUGAAAUCGUACUUGCCAUCGAAAGCUCUAGCCUGAUAUUAGGCAGUUGGAAGAGAAUAACGUCUGACUAUAACAUUCAGAACAGCGUCUAACUAUAGGCCUAACAUUCAGAACAACUCCCCUGACAACAUUCAGAACAACUCCUGACUACAACAUUCAGAACAACUCCUGACUAUAACAUUCAGAACAACGUCUAAUUAUAACAUUCAGAACAAGCGUAAUAUUUUUACAUUUAUACAAUCGAAUGACUUGGUUUCCUUGACAACAAAAUGUAUUUAUAAAGAAAGGUU